AUUGGUUUGCUCACUCCCUUAUGUGAUGAGUCAAUGCUUCCAGAAUAGGGGCUUCCGAGUGACUGCGGGAACUAUUACUUCCAAAUGAGCUCGUGCAUCUUAACAGGGAGCGUUCAGACCACACCCCAGGUCUCUUCUGGUGAUUCUGAAGCCAAACCUCUGAUCUUCACAUUUGUCCCCACUGUCGGAAGACUACCAACCCACUCUCAGUUGGCUGGCACCUCUAAAUUCCUUGUUAAAAUUCCUGAGGAACCAAGUGAUAAGAAUCCAGAAACUGUAAAUAGGUCUAAUUUCAGUGAGUACUUGACCUUGAAAGCUGGGAGCCAACAGCAGAGAGACGGAGGGUCAUUGACUUAUCCUUCAGAGGUCAGCGGAAAGAUAGCACAAGUAAGGGAAUUUAAAGUGAACGAACCCCAAGGAAUGCAGCAAAGUGGCCUCUUCAAAGCUGAAUAUGUCUUUAUUGUGGACUCUGAAGGGGAAGAUGAAGCUACAAGCAGAAAAGUUGAACAAAGCCCCCCAGGGGGGAUGGGCACCACAGCUAGUCGGCCUACAUCUCUAGCAAUCUCCUCCAGUCUGGUCUCUGAUGUGGUGCGUCCCAAAACAAGGGCAACAAAUCUCCAGGCCCCAUCACACCCUGAAAUGCCUCAUGGGAUGGCUUCUCAACAAAAGCAUGGGCAGUCAACUUCUUCUUCCACUACCUCUGAGCAGCUUGCCUGUAAACCACCUGCUUUCUCCUUUGUUUCUCCAACUAAUCAGAAAGCACCACCUGACCCCGCUAAGCUCGGCGGGGCCUCUGCCCUAGAGGAGUUCCACACUAGGAGGCUGGACGCCAGUGGGGCCUUGGUGGAAGAAACAGCUACGUAUUUUCAAACUUCCACUCACUCGUCACCCUUUUUUGCAUCGAAAGGCACCUCCUCGACGUUUCAGUUUCCCCAUUCCACUCAGUUAUCAGGUUCUAAUUUGUCCAGUCCCAGUGAAGCAGAUCAAAAACCUGGACGGACAUUGGAAGUUCUGAAGAAGACAGCGUCAGCCUCACAUGUCCUUAGCUCUGGAGAAAGUCUGCGACCCUCUUCUCCUCCACUGUCCUCCAGUGCUUCUCUGAAGUCGAAUUCAACCUCAUACCUACCAGUCCGUAUUGUCAUGCAUUCACUCUCUCCAAGUCCAAAACCAUUUACUCCCUCUCUCCAUGGCUCUUCUUCCACUCUCUGUAGCCCAAUGUCUUCUAGUGGAAAUCUCUCAAGGUCAGGGGUGAAAUCCCUGGUGCCCUCCCGGCUUUCUCUUCUCACUGCCAUCCUCAAGUCAAACCUUUCUCACCAGAGACCCUUGUCCCCUGCAUCCUGUCCCACUUUCUCUCUCAACUCCCUGGCUUCGUCCACACUCACACUUGAUCAAAAAGCAAAGCAAGCCCCAUCCACACCUAAAAAAUCUCUCUCCAGUUGCUCACUGAGCUCCAGGUCUCCUGGGCAAAGGGAACACCAGGAUUCUGAAUUUAGCCAGCCAUCCUUUCACUUACCUUUUUUCACCCAAUCUGCUCCCCUUCCUCAGGCACACCCCCUUUCUCCCACAAAACAUGAAAGUAGUAGCCUUGCUUCUUUGAAUGUAGAGAAGACACCAUCACCCACUUCUCUAAAGAGUAAUUCAAUCCCUUCCCUGCUGCAAACAACACCGAGUCCUGUAGGUCUUCCUCCUGCUUCACAAAGAUUUUAUCCUUUUUCUUGGAAGAGCAAAAGGGAUGCUGACCUCAGGGGUCCAGAAAAGCCCAGGGAUAUUUACACAUAUCCUUCUGCAUCAGCCUCCUCUAUGUUACCGUCUGCAUUUCCCACUAACCAAAGAGCCACACUCUCCUCUCCAGAGGAAAGUUUCCAUCCUUCCCCAGUUCUUUCAGACCUGCUACACAGAUCCCAGAGAGCAUCACCACAGCUCUCUGGCCAAGGGCAGAAUCCUUCUGCUCCUACUUCACCGCCUGUCUCCAGUGCUAGCUCUGCCUCUCUUCCCAAAUUGGGGUCCUCCCCUCCCCCUCAUGCUAAUCUUCCCACUCGGGCACCCCAGCUCAGUCCUUCCGCACUGCACCCAAAUUGUGGCAGUGGCACCUUACCUUCAAGAUUUGGGAAAUCGGAAAGCUCAAUAUCUGACCACAGGUCAUCUGUUUCAACCCCAUCACCUUCCACCUCUCUAACAAGAACCAAGGAGCUGAUUUCACCUUGUGCAUUUUCCAUGCCAACAGACCCUGAGAAUAAGAAACCCAAGCAAUACAAGACCAGUUCAAGCUACAAGGCUUUUGCAGCAAUCCCUACCAACACAUUGCUUUUGGAACAGAAGGCACUAGAUGAACCGGCCAAAACUGAAAACAUCUCCAAGGACAACACAUUAGACCCACCUCUGGAGUUUUGUUUCCCUGCACAGCUCAGGCAGCAAACUGAAGAGCUCUGUGCUACCAUUGAUAAGGUCUUACAGGAUUCUUUGUCUAUGCAUUCUUCUGGUUCUCCUUCAAGUUCUCUACAGAAAUUGUUGGGUUCUGACACUACCAAAACACCUACAACUGUUCCGAGAUCAGCUGGACGAGAAACCAAAUAUGCAAACCUCUCUUCACCAUCGUCUACAGUAUCUGAAAGUCAGCUGACUAAACCUGGAGUAAUUCGCCCGGUACCCGUAAAAUCCAAAAUAUUGAAAAAAGAGGAGGAAGUCUAUGAACCCAACCCUUUCAGUAAAUAUCUGGAAGAUAACAGUGACCUCUUUUCUGAGCAGGAUGUGACAGUCCCUCACAAGCCUGUUUCUCUCCAUCCUUUGUAUCAGACUAGACUCUAUCCUCCUGCUAAGUCCCUGCUGCAUCCACAGACCCUCUCACAUGCUGACUGUCUUACCCCAGGACCCUUCAGUCAUUUGUCCUCCUUCUCACUGUCUGACGAACAGGAGAAUUCCCACACCCUGUUUAGUCACAACGCAUAUAACAAGCUGAGUCAUCCAAUGGUGACUAUUCCUGAACAUGAGACUCUUGAUUCCAAAGAGAUGAGGAAACUGAGGCUGAGGGAAGUCAGCUAAAGCCAAAUAGCUGGAAACUGUCUGCACAAUCAGGAAUCCAGAUCUGACUGCCUGAAGCCUGUGCUCUUAAGCUCUCUACUGUACCCUAUCUGGCUAUCUUCCUUUCUAUCUGUAUUAUCUAAUUCUGUCUCCCUUUUAAAUCAUACUUUAAAAUAUUUGCAAUUUAUAAGAGAAAUGAUCUUUUGUCUUAAUUUGCAUUUUAAAAAUCCUAUAUUUUCUGUUAUUUUUGUCUAUUUUGCUUUUGCAUUAAGUAAUGCAUUUAUCUACUGGUAUGGUGAUAUUUUUCUUACUGCAUUGUAAACUCCCUUUAUAUAUUAAUGACAUUAAUUCUUUGUCAAGUGUGCUAGCCCUUUCAGUGUGAUGGUGGCAAAUUGUGUGAGACUAAAAAAUCAGACAACUAUAUAUGUCCAAGAAGAGGAGAAAGGUUGAAUAAAUUUUGUACAUUCCAAGAGAAUGUAUAAAAAAUAACAAUCAAUGUUCUCUUUCUUUCAAACAAUAAUUGGCUGAAGUUCACAUAGGCUAGAUCUAUAUAAAUAAAAAUGUUUCUACACAAUAAUAGAAAGUCAGUUGGUUGAUUAAAUAACAAAAGCAUUCAGAUGGGAUAAUAAAUACUGAGUUAAGAACUUCUGAAUGUUAGGUAAUGAUGAAAGACUGUUGCAAGAACAACAGGUAGAGGUAGUAUUGUAAUAUUUACAUUUUUUGCACCAAUUAUCGUAACCCUAGAGACAAAACUUAAAAUUAAGCUAGUGAGCAAGAUUGUCAAAAAGUGGUUUCAAGCUCAUAUUUGGAAUAUAUGAAAAACACCAUAAAAGAAACUAGAGUUUGAAGUUUAGCAAUUGUGAGACAGUAAGUUAGAUAGUAUUAAAAGAAAUGUAAAUAAUUAAACAAAAGGAUAUUUUAUGUUUCUAUUGUUCAGUGUUUUAUUUCUUAAUAACAUUGGUACAUUUGGGACAUUAACAAAUUUUAUAGUUUCUUAGGAUAUGUGGGCAGACUGUAAUAUUGAUCCCCGUUUCCCCCCCCACCCCCUAACCUCUCUUUGUUAUUUAAAUAUCUGCUAAAUUAUCCUUUUUUACAUAGCAAUUUUGGCCUAAGAAGUAAAGCAUCCAAGUUACCAACCCAGUACAAAUAAACAAUUAUGGAAAAAUCCUUCAUCAGAUCUCAAAAUUUACCCCUUAGUGUGUCUCCCAUGUUCUAAAGACAGCAAUCUGUUUUUCUUGCCAUCAUACUCACAUUUCUUGUAUUUCAUUAUGCUGUUUAAAGAUUCUAGUUUUUUUUAAAUUAGCUUGGUAAUUCAUUUAAAACAAACAGACAUCAGAUUUAUCUGAUUUGACUUGUUCAUUGUUUUCAUAAGUCAUAUGACUUAUAAAGUACAUUGAAAAAGAACUAACUCAAAACAAUUCCACUUAUCAUCUAGUUCAGUAGUUGUCAACUCUGGCUGAACAUAAAGACCUCCUUUGUAAAAACUCCAAGAGCACAGUUCCACUUCAGGCAAAUUGAAUCAAGAAGCUCUGGAGGUGAACAAAGACAUUGGUUGCUAUGUUUUCAAAUCUUGGUGAUUCAAAUGUGCAACAAGAGUUGAGAUCCUCAAAUUCAAGCUUCUUCAUUGGUGGUUUGGGAAAGCCAAUCAAAUCAAUUGUGGCAACAAAAACUUGAAAAUAAAA